AUGUCUUUUCUUACAAAAGAUCAACUAGAAACUCUUGCAAGCCCACAUCGAUUCCCUCAACCAACAAAUGCCUCAUCCCCUCCCGUUAGCGAAACUCAAUCUUCUCCAAAUUCUUCAAUAAAUGUGUCCGAACGGUCACUUCCAGAAACACUGAACACUACGCCCACACCCUCUGCUACCUUUUCGUCUUCGUCUUCUUCUAUUCUACCUCCAAAGUCCGCACCCUCACCUUCACCCCCAGCAUCAAAAGUUCCAGAGCCAUCUAUCCCUGUACCGACGUCUUCACCCAAUCCCACUUCUACUCCCAGUGGAUCUUCACCACAACCUCAAAAUCGACUUCAAUCUGCUGACAAUAAAUCCGCUGACAAUAAAUCUGCUGACGAUAAAUCCGUUGACGAUAAAUCCGCUGACGAUAAACCUACUGACGACAAAUCCCGGAUUAUCCCCACCAUCAUAUCUCAAAACUGCGCUGCAUGCAUGCAACAAGUCUCUGGGAAUGUAUUAUCCGCUAUGGGUAAACAAUGGCAUCCGCACCAUUUUGUUUGUAAGCAUUGUGGGAUAUCGCUGGAACAUGUGGCGUUUUUCGAGAAGAAUGGUGAGCCGUAUUGCCAUCUCGAUUUCCACGAGUUGUUUAGUCCUCAUUGUGGACAUUGUAAUACACCCAUCGAAGGGGCUAUAAUAAACGCACUUGGAAAAUCAUGGCAUCCGGGCCAUUUCUUUUGUCGCGAAUGUGGAGAUCCGUUUGGGUCUGCAGGAUUUAUGGUUCAUGAUGGAUUUCCGUAUUGCGAAAAAGACUGGUCAGAGAAGUUCGCUCCCAAAUGUAAAGGCUGUCAGAAACCAAUUAAAGGGGAAAUGAUGAGUGCUCUUGAAGGAUCGUGGCAUCGUGACUGUUUUGUCUGUGUG